AUGAGAGGACUCAUUUUAGCCCUCGCAGUAGCCCUUGUGGCAAGUCAACAGAUAACACCAGAUUUUAGUACAAGUAAGACCUACGUGUACAAGUAUGAAGCACUGCUCCUCGGCGGACUCCCUAAUGAGGGCUUGGCCAGAGCCGGAAUGAAGAUUGUCAGCAAGGUUCUCAUCAGCGGAAUUGCCCAGAACACCUACCUGCUUCAACUCUCGAACCCUGAGAUCUUGGAAUACAGCGGCAACUGGCCGAAAGAUCAGUUCACCCCGGCCCAGAAGCUCACCGAGGCCCUGUCUGCCCAGCUGCGCACCCCCAUUAAGUUCGAGUAUACCAAUGGUGUGGUGGGUAAGGUGUUUGCCCCUGCGGGAGUGUCUGCUACUGUUCUCAACAUCCACAGAGGAAUCCUCAACAUCAUCCAGCUCAACAUCAAGAAAACACAGAAAGUCUAUGAAUUACAGGAGGCUGGAACUCAGGGAGUAUGUAAGACUGACUAUGUGAUAGAUGAGGAUACAAAGGGUGAGCACAUUUACGUGAUUAAGUCCAAGGAUCUGGAUAACUGCCACGAGCGGAUCGUUACCGAUGUGGGAAUGGAAUACAUAGAAUCAUGUGACCGAUGCCAGCAGAGAGUAAAGAACCUGAGAGGAGCUGCAUCAUACAACUAUGUGAUGAAACCAAGUGGUGCUGGGAGUCUGAUCACUGAGGCGACUGUUCAGGAGGUACACCAGUUCACACCAUUCCACGAAAUGACUGGAGCUGGCCAGAUGGAAGCAAGACAAGUCCUGCGGUUUUCUGAGAUGCAGAAUGUCCCAGUACAGCCCAUACAAGCAGACUAUAUCGCCCGUGGAUCCCUGCAAUAUGAAUUUGAUACUGAACUUGACCAGACCCCUAUUCAACUCAUUAAAGUCAAUAAUGCACAGACCCAGAUUGUGGAAACCUUGACUCAUCUGGCCACAAACAAUGUGGCCCAGGUUCAUGAAGAUGCUCCAUUAAAGUUUAUUCAGCUGGUCCAGCUAAUGCGUGAUGCAGAAAUGGAGACUGUUGAGACCAUCUGGACUCAGUUCAAGGCUAAACCAACUUACAGACGUUGGAUCGUGGAUGCUGUUCCUGCAAUUGGAGAUGCAAGCGCUAUGAAGUUCAUCAAGGAAAAGUUCCUGGCUGGUGAUCUAACAACACCUGAAUUCAUCCAGGCUCUGUUGAGUACUGUGCACCUGGUGGACGCUGAUCAGGAGACCAUGAACAUAGCAAAGGCUCUGGCAUUUCAUCCCAGAGUUCAGCAGCACAACAUUGUCAGAGACACAGCCAUGCUUGUGUACGGUUCCAUGGCAUUUAAGUUUUGUGCUGAAACCCCGAACUGUCCUGCAGAUAUUAUAAAGCCAGUCCAUGACUUUGCUGCAGAUGCCAUUGCUAAGGGAGAUGUUGCAGAUAUUGCCCUAGCCGUUAAAGUCAUCGGCAAUGCUGGUCACCCUGCCAGCAUGAAGCCAAUCCUGAAGGUGCUGCCUGGGUUUGGUUCUGCAGCCGCUUCGCUCACAGUCAAAGCCCAGGUUGAUGCUGUCAUGGCCCUGAGGAACAUUGCCAAAAGGGAACGCAGAGCGGUUCAGGAAAUUGCCCUUCAGUUGUUUAUGGACAGAGACAAUCACCCAGAAGUACGGAUGGUUGCCUGUGUUGUGCUCUUUGAGACCAAACCCACCAUGGGUGUGGUAGCUAUAGUUACUCAAACUCUGCAGAAGGAGACCAGCUUGCAAGUGGCUAGCUUCACCUACUCUCAUAUGAAGGCCCUGACCAGGAGUACAGCCCCCGAUCUUGCUCCAGUUGCUGCUGCAUGCAAUGUUGCUGUGAAGAUCCUCAGCCCCAAACUGGACAGACUAAGCUAUCGUUUCAGUAAAGCCAUCCGUGUGGACUACUUCAAAAAUGACCUGAUGGCUGGUGCUGCUGCUAGCGCUUUCAUCAUCAAUGAUGCUGCCACCAUUUUGCCCAGAGCACUUGUGACCAAAGUCCGUGCCUACAUGGUUGGGGCGGCUGCUGAUGUUGUGGAGCUUGGGGUAAGAACAGAAGGACUUCAGGAGGCCCUUUUGAAAGCACCAGCUGCUCCUGCCAAUGCUGACAGAAUCACAAGGAUAAAGCGUAUUCUCAAUACUCUAUCAAACUGGAAGGCAUUACCCACAGACCAACCGUUGGCUUCCAUGUACCUGAAACUCUUCGGUCAAGAGAUUGCCUUUGCCAACAUUGAUAGGGACCUCAUUGAACAAGCAGUACAGCUGGCCACAGGACCUGCAGCACAGCACGCAAUUGUGAGGAAUGUGCUCAGUGCACUGCAGUCUAACCUUGCGAUCCAGUGGGCAAAAUCCCUGCUGGCCACUGAGGUGCGUCGCAUCUUACCCACUUGUGUGGGUGUCCCCAUGGAGCUGAGUCUGUACACUGCUGCAGUGGCUGUUGCCAAAAUUAAUGCUCAGGCCACCCUGACUCCUCCACCUGCUGAGAACUUCCAUAUUGCUCAACUCAGGAACACUGACAUUCAACUGCAAGCCCAUAUUGAACCAAGUGUUGCAAUGCACACAUUUGCAGUGAUGGGAGUAAACACAGCUUUCAUUCAGGCUGCAGUUGUGCUGAAAGCCAAGGUGCACCACAAUCUUCCGAUGAAAGUCAACGCAAGAAUUAAUGUUGCUGAAGGACACUUCAAGAUUGAGACUCAACCUAUUCAAGAUCUGGAUAAUGUUUUGGAUUUGGAUGCUGAAGCCUUUGCUGUGGCAAGAAACGUGGAAAAUCUUUCAGCUGCUAGGAAAACUCCAAUCGUACCUGAAGCUUUAGCAGCCCGGAUAUCCAAGGAGAAAUUUACAUCUGCAGAAUCUUCUGACAGUGACUUGUCAAGCUCAUCGGAAAUUAUGUCUUCUGGUGCGAUCGAUACAAACCAGCCAAUGGAAACUCGCGUUUCAGCCAGAAUUGACCGGAAACUGUGUAUCACGAUGCAAAGACUUGGUGUAAAGGCUUGUGUUAAGAUAGCUUCCCAGAAUGCUGGCUUCAUGAGAAAUUCCCCUCUUUAUAAGCUUAUUGGAGAUCAUAACAUAACCAUUGCUAUGAAACCUGUUUCGGAUGAAGGCAUCGAGAAAAUACAGGUUGAGAUACAGGUUGGACCAAAGGCUGCAUCGAAGCUCAUAAAAACAGUCACCCUGCCGGAAGAAAAGGAAAGGCCUGUGGUAUCAAAACUGAAGAAAAUCCUGCAGACUGACAUGAGACAGCGACUGAAGAAUUCCACCAGUUCCAGCUCGAGCAGUUCCUCCAGUUCCUCUUCCAGCUCUUCUUCAAGUUCUUCAUCCAGCUCUUCUUCCAGCUCCUCUUCCAGCUCUUCUUCCAGCUCCUCUUCCAGCUCAUCUUCCAGCUCCUCUUCCAGCUCCUCUUCCAGCUCCUCUUCUUCUCCCUCAAAUCGGCGAAGAAAGGACGAGGACAAAGGCGCUAAAAACAAGGAUAACAAGAGGCGCAGUAGCAGCAGCAGCAGUAGCAGCAGAAGCAGUAAAUCCUCCAGCAACUCUGACAGCAGCAGCUCUUCCAGUUCAAGUAGCUCUGAGGAAGAAGUUUAUAAGUACAAAUUCAUCAAAUACAACCAAAAGGAGCAAACCAAAUCCAAAGCUGAUGACCGAAGACGGUCCUCCUCAAGUUCUGAAAGCAGCAGCAGUAGCAGCAGCAGCAGCAGCAGCAGCAGCAGCAGCAGCGACUCCAGCUUCGAAAAUAUUUACCGGAAGUCAAGAUUGCUUGGAGAUUCCAUCCCUCCAGAAUUCGCCAUCAUCAUCCGUGCGGUGAGGCCUGACGGUAAAAUGCAGGGAUACCAGGCUGCCGCUUACCUGGACAGGGACACAAGCAGGCUGCAGGUCAUCAUGGCCGCUCUAGCCGAGAAUGACAACUGGAAGAUGUGUGCUGAUGGUAUCCUGCUAAGCAUGCACAAAGUCCAGGCAAAGGUUGGCUGGGGAGAACAUUGCCAGCAAUAUGGAGUAGAUAUCGCAGCAGAAACUGGUCUUAUGGGUACAAACCCUGCUGCCCGCUUGAAGCUGAAAUGGGACAAGAUUCCUCGUGCAUUGAAGAAGUCUGCAGAUAUGAUCGCUGAGUACAUCCCAGGUGCUGCUUUCAUGUCUGGACUAAGAGGUGGAAGGGACGAAAACACAAAGAGGCAGAUUAAACUGAUUGUAACUGUUGCUGCACCCCGGCUACUGAAUGUUAUCAUUAAAACCCCAAGGAUGACUUUCUACAAGCUGGCUGUAUAUAAUCCCUUUGCCCUGCCUAUUGGAGAUGCAGCUUCUCAAAUACGGCAGGACCAGAGCUUGUCUGACAGAAUCCUCUACAUGUUUAAUGAAGCCAAUGCAGCCCGCUGCAGUAUGGAAAACGACAUGCUGACAACUUUCAACAGAAGAAAAAUCAGAAGCGUAAUGCCUGAAUCAUGCUACCAAGUUCUGGCUCAGGACUGCACCCCUGAGCUCAAGUUUAUGGUUUUGUUAAAAAACAGCAGCUCAUCUGAUGCACAUGCCAUUGUCAAGAUUUCUAAUGUAGAUAUUGACCUGAUCAUUGAAGAGGACAAAAUUCGGGUGAAUGUCAAUGGAAUGCGUAUCCCCAGUAGCAGCCUCCCAUAUGAACAUCCUUCAGGGUCAGUCCGAAUCGUACGCAAAGCCGAUGGUGUGUCACUAUCUGCUCCUGGCCAUGGUCUCCAUGAAGUCUACUUUGACGAGAACACAUGGGAGAUUGUGGUAGAUGAUUGGAUGAAGGGCAAGACCUGUGGAAUCUGUGGAAAGGCCGACGGGGAAAUAAGAGAGGAAUUCCGCACCCCCAAUGGACGCCUGGCCAGUAGCGCCAUCAGCUUUUCCCACUCCUGGGUUCUUCCUGGAAAAAGCUGCCGGGAUGCUGACCAGUGCUUCAUGAAGACAGAGUCCGUUCAGCUGGAGAAGCAAAUUAAUCUGGGCGGCCAGAAUUCUAAAUGCUACUCCGUUGAGCCUGUGCUGCGGUGUUUCCCUGGCUGCAACCCACUGAAAACAACCCCUGUGACUGUUGGCUUCCACUGCCUCCCCAUCGAUUCUAAUGUGAACCAUCUUAGCAGUUUUUGGGAGAAGAGUGUGGACCUCAAAGAGAUCACUGAUGCUCACGUUGCCUGCCACUGUACCCACCAAUGUGCUUAAUGACUGUGAAUGUCUGCAGUUCUUUAAGUGAAGCUGCAUAUCUAAAUAAUGUAUAAUCUGUAUUUAAUUUUGCAGUUAAUUAGUUUUAAAUAGGAUUUGAAGGAAUCUUUGUUGCAGAAUUUUAUCAUUGCCAAAUUGCUAAUCAUUUAUUGAUUAUGUAAGUUUUACAAUGUGACCCAGAGGACAUGCUCUUUUGUAAUUCAGCCCCAAACUAAAAUGUGUACUUUUAUUUCAAAUCACAUUUAGAAUCCAUAAUUUCCAAAAAUUUCCAUUA